AUGAGAGUACUGCAACUUAAUUUGAACCACUGCGAGGCUGCUCAAGAGCUUCUAAGCCAGACGGUGUAUGAACAAAAAAUAGACGUUGCUAUAAUCAGUGAGCAGUACAGAAACAAAAGCGAAUCCACAUGGAUAUCAGACUGCACAAAUAAAGCUGCGAUAUGGGCAUGUGGUGGAAAAGCUUUCCAAGACAAACCACUAGUAGAUAAACCGUUCUACGCCAGGGCAAAGAUCGGUGGAAUCAACUUCUAUAGUUGCUACAUCCCACCAAGCGUAUCCCAGAGUGACUUUGAAAAAAUACUGGACGAAUUAGUGAAAGAAGUGUUGACCACUACGAUGAACGUGGUGGCAGGUGACUUUAAUGCGUGGGCGACGGAGUGGGGUAGCAUCUACACAAACAGGCGUGGAGAUGCCCUCCUCAAGGCGUUUUCGGUGUUAGACACAGUGUUGUUAAACACUGGAAAUCAAAACACGUUCGAAAAGAACGGUAGGGGCUCUGUGAUUGAUAUCACAUUCGCAAGUAGGUCUCUCGUGCGCACAACAAGCUGGCAGGUGUGUGAUCUCUAUACACAUAGCGAUCAUCAGGCUAUUAUUAAAGAAAUUGGACACUUAAUGCAAAAUCGACGGAGUGUGCUUACUAACAGCGUACAAACGAGAGGGUGGAAAAUCAAAACCCUUGAUGACGAACUUUUCAGACUAUCACUGGAGGAUAAUCUCAACUAUGUGGAAGACAUAGACCGACAAGCGGAGAUGCUGGUGAAACACAUUAGCAAAGCCUGCAACGCUUCAAUGUGCAGAAAGAAAUUUGGGGCCUGCAGAAAACCCGUAUACUGGUGGAAUGCAGAAAUCGACACUCUAAGGAGAGAUUGCCACAAAGCCAGGAGAAUAUACCAAAGAAGUCGAGGCGCGACGGAGCAAACGGAACUACGCGAAAGGUUCAAAAGUAAACGCAACGACCUGAAAAAAGCCAUAAAGAAAAGUAAGACCUACUGUUUCAAAGAAUUAUGUGGGAAAAUCGAUGAAAAUCCGUGGGGCGAUGCGUACAAGAUUGUAAUGUCGAGGAUUAAAGGUGGCAAAAGUGAAGCUCCAACUUGCCCCAUACUACUGAAAACGGUGGUGGAAACACUCUUUCCUUCACAGCCCGUUGAAAACCGACAGGCACGAGGAGAAGAUCCACCCGAAAAAACGUACCAACAGUCACUGACGUAG